AUGAUCUUACUGGAGAUCAAUAAUAGAAUUAUAGAAGAAACUCUUACUGUGAAAUAUAAAAAUGCCCUGGCGCGUUUAAAGCCAGAGUCUAUAGAUGUGACAGUUGCAGACUUUGACGGAGUUCUCUUUCAUAUAUCUAAUGUCAAUGGAGACAAAACCAAAGUUAGAGUUAGUAUAUCACUGAAGUUCUACAAACAAUUAGAAGAACAUGGUGCAGAUGAGCUACUCAAGAGGGUGUAUGGGCCACUACUCUCGGAGACAGAGUCAGGUUACAACGUCUCCCUGCUGUUGGACCUAGAGAACAUCCCUGAGGACUGGGAGGAUGUGGUGAAGAAGGUUGGCUUACUGAAGAGGAAUUGCUUCGCUUCAGUGUUUGAGCGCUACUUCCGGCUGCAGGAGGAUGGUGAUGUGGGCCACAAGCGGGCCGUCAUCAACUAUAGGCAGGAUGAGACGCUAUACGUAGAAGCACAGGAAGACCGGGUGACGGUCGUAUUCUCCACAGUGUUCCGGCACGAAGAUGACAUGGUCAUCGGAAAGGUUUUCAUGCAGGAGUUGAAGGAGGGGAGAAGGGCGUCCCAUACCGCUCCCCAGGUUCUAUUCUCGCACAAAGAACCACCAUUAGAACUCAUGGAUACGGAAGCGAAAGUAGGAGAAAAUAUCAGUUAUGUCACAUUUGUGUUGUUCCCGCGGCACACGUGCGCGGCGGCGCGCGACAACACCAUCGACCUGCUGCACAUGUUCCGCGACUACCUGCACUACCACAUCAAGUGCUCCAAGGUGUACGUUCACUCCCGUAUGCGUGCUAAGGCGGGCGAUCUCCUGAAGGUUCUGAACCGCGCGCGCCCGCAGCCUCGCGCGCAGGAACGGAAGACCAUCACUGGUAGAACGUUUGUGCGGCGAGAUUGA